AUGGCUGGUUGGCCUGUUCUUGGCUCAAGUCGAGACACGUCAAGUUCACAACCACGAAAUCGCCGUCGUUAUCAUUCAUGGCGAGUAAAGGUACCAAAAAUAGAACCUCGCGAAUCGACUGAAUUGGAAGAUGGGAAAAUAGAUGAAAAUAAAACGGCCGCCAAGAAAAAAAUUACAGAGCGAGAGCAAAUGCUGAAAAGCGCUCUCUCUAGGCCCCUCACGGUUUUCAAAUUCAUACCGCCAAAUCAAAAUCACGGCUCGUCCUUGCAUGAGUCGGAUCUGCAAUCGGAGCUCCAUUGCCGGAUCGAGCGCUUGUCGGCCUCAUCAGCUCCUCCGCCGGCAAUGUCGCCGCCCAAAGCCUCCCCCUCCGCCUCCGGAUCCGAGCUGCCGUCUACUGGACAGAUUGCUGGAGUGCAAGAAACAAGUUCAUCUGCGGAGGAAGUAUUAGCUGUAAUUGAUUCAUUAAAGAAACAAGUUGCUUCUAACCGAUCUGACCGCAUAAAGAAACGGCUGCAAGAAAAUACUGAAAAAGUGGUUGAUGUUAUGAAGAAUCUUUAUAAGUUAUCUAUGGAACGAAGAAAUACUAAGUUGAAUUGUGGUUAUGGGGGUGUAGAUUUAUUGGCAAAGAGGCAAAAAGAUGCUAUAGAUAUGCAUAAUGGUAUUGGCACCAGUAAUGGAGAUAACGAAAGCAGUAGUUCCCAAGAUGAUGGAUAUGCCCCUUCAGCAAUUCUCUUGGGAUCAAGCAUUGCAGUCAAGAAUGCCGUGCGUCCAAUUAAGCUGCCUGAAGUGAAGAAAUUACCACCGUACACAACAUGGAUCUUCUUGGAUAGAAAUCAAAGAAUGACAGAGGAUCAGUCAGUGGUUGGUAGGAGGAGAAUCUAUUAUGACCAGAAUGGCGGCGAAGCUCUUAUAUGUAGUGAUAGUGAAGAAGAAGCAGUUGAGGAUGAAGAAGAAAAGAAAGAGUUUUUAGAGUCUGAAGAUUAUAUUCUGCGGUCGAUUAGCUCUCCAAAGAUAAUUGUCCAAACAACCAUCAAAGAAGUUGGCUUUUCUGAUUUGACGUUGGAUAUGUUGGCCCAGUGUCUGUCAAGAAAACCUUGUGAAAUCAAGGGAAGAUAUGAUGAUCUUAUGAAGAGUAACAAUGCUUUAUAUCGUGUGAACAAUGCGAAUGCUGAAAGUUUUGUGAAUCCAUAUAUUGACAAGGAUCUUGAUGCUGCUCUGGACUCAUUCGAUAACCUGUUUUGUCGCCGUUGUUUAUGGUCUGUCCAGGCGGAAAAACAAUCAGCAUGGUCAUGUCAGAAUGUGGAGAAGGAACCAUGUGGCCCAAAUUGCCAUCAUCUGGUGCAUGGGUCAGAUGACAAGAGCUCUAGAUCAGCAAAUUUUGAAGAAAAAUCUUUGCUUGCAUCAAAUGGAAACACUGUGCAAGUGCUAAAGAAAAAGAAGGGAGUUUCACUGGUCAGGAAGAAAUCUAAGUCUUGUCAAAGUGGAAGUGUUUCUUCCUCGGAUACAAAACCUGUUAAUGAUGUUACUUCACCUGUAAAUGGUGCUGGGAAGUCUGGUGGGGACAAAAGGAGUAGUAAGAGAAUAGCUGAAAAUGUCGUAGUUGCCAAAAAGAAAAGGCAGAAGAAGAUGGCAACAUCUGAUUCUGAUUCUGUUGCUGCUGAUGGACUCAAUAUGAAAAACUUAAAUUGUCAAGAUAAUGAAGAUGGUAUCUCUUCUCUUAAAAUGAAAUCUACAAGUUCUCUGAAGUCUAGACGGAAAGUGUCCGAACCUUUGCAGGGAGAUGCCAUCAGUGGUGCAUCUGAUGAAAGUGAUAGUGGCCAACCAAUGUCAAGCAGCGGCAACAGCUUAAAGAAAGAGGAAUUUAUCGAUGAGAACAUGUGCAAACAAGAAAUAAUUGACAAUAGAUAUUGGAAACCGUUUGAGAAAGCUCUCUAUGAAAAGGGUAUUCAGAUUUUUGGCCGCAACAGCUGCUUGAUAGCUAGGAACCUCAUGAGUGGCUUGAAGACCUGUUCAGAGAUCUUCAAAUACAUGCAUCGUUCUGACAAAAAGAUGUCUCAAGAUGGUGAUGGGAUGAUCCUUCCAGAUGGCUGUCUAAAGGCUGAUGUCAAUGAAAUUGUGGCAAGUCUUUUAUAUUUCUUCUUUGCUGUGAUAAAUGGCUUCGCCAAAGGCAAUGGUGCACGUAGAAGAUCGAGAUUUUUACGGCGAAAAGGAAGAGUCCGUCGCCUAAAGUACACAUGGAAAUCUGCAGGUUCUCAGUCCUUCAGGAAGAGGAUUUCUGAAAGGAAGGAUCAGCCAUGUCGGCAGUACAGUCCUUGUGGAUGCCAAUCGGCAUGUGGGAAAACAUGCCCUUGUCUUAUUAAUGGUACCUGCUGCGAAAAAUACUGCGGAUGCCCAAAGAGCUGCAAGAAUCGCUUCAGAGGCUGUCAUUGUGCUAAGAGUCAGUGUCGAAGCCGUCAGUGCCCAUGCUUUGCUGCUGAUAGGGAGUGCGACCCAGAUGUCUGCCGAAAUUGCUGGAUAGGCUGUGGUGAUGGAACCCUGGGGGUACCCUUCCAAAGAGGUGAUAAUUACGAAUGCAGGAAUAUGAAGCUUCUUCUAAAGCAGCAACAGAGGGUUCUAUUAGGAAGAUCUGAUGUAUCUGGCUGGGGAGCUUUCUUAAAGUUUGUGCUUGAUGCAUACCGUAAGGGCGACAAAUUAAAGUUUGCCAAUCAUUCCCCUGUUCCGAAUUGCUAUGCUAAGGUCAUAAUGGUGGCUGGGGAUCACAGGGUUGGUAUAUUUGCCAAAGAACGAAUUUCUGCUGGGGAAGAAUUAUUUUACGAUUAUCGAUAUGAAGCUGACAGGGCUCCAGCCUGGGCCAAGAAGCCCGAGGCAUCUGGUGCCAAGAAAGAAGACGGUGCUGCUCCUUCAGGUGGCCGUGCCAAGAAGCACACUUAAUUAAUUGGGACUUUUGUCUCAAGAUAUCAACAUUCAUUUUUUUGUCUUCCUUAAUUUCAUGGUAGAAAAACAUUCUGCAUGCCUGCCUGAACGAACUUCUUUUAAUCAAUUUAGCUGCUGGAGAUGAAAAAAAGAGGGCAAGGAAAAAAAUAAAUUAAUAUAGGCCGUUCAAUCUCCAUGGAAACUUAAAAACUGAUUCUUUUUAGUUUUUGGCUACCAGUUACUACUAAGUAUACUCACCAAAGGGGGAAAAAAAAACAGAUGUAGUCCAAUCUUUUACAGCCUCUUUCUCUUCCAAUUGAGAUUUUUAUGUAAAAUUUCUCUACUUUUGACCAUUCAUUCUUUCAGCAAAAAAAAAAUCUGAGGGCGUUGAUUUUUACUUGAUU